AAACACUUGACAACGCUCAAACGCCGUGCAACAGUCGGCGCGUAAAGUUGCAAUUGCCGUUGCGGAUAUCAGAACAGAAAUUUAGAUCUCGCACUCUUCGCAAAACAAACCCGAAACUAAGCCGAAACAAAAACGAGCACUAUUAAUGCAUUCAAAUAAUUCGGACACUUCAAGUUGAGGUCUAUAAGCAGCCGGACGCGGCAAGUCGCGUCCUUUAGAAUCGGGUUGUGUGAUAUCAUCCCAUGCCAGUUGGGUGCGCCUAUCCUGUCGUGUGACUGUGAAAUGCAAAUGUGCUCUGUGCUUUAACUUUCUGCAAGGUGUUUCUGAAAUCAAUAAGCUACUGAGUCCAGAAACUCAGAGAACCAGUUGCUUUUAAAAAACAAAAACAAGGGGUAACAGCUCCCAAAAGAACACUAUGACCGAUCGCUUUCAGAUCUCAAAGGUGAACGGCACCGCCAACGCCGGAUACGAUGGGGAAUCCGGGCCAACGGCCUCCGAUCAGCCGGAUGCAGCUCAUCCUCCAGCCGGCAAUGAGAAUCAUCUGCAGCCCAAGCCUCCGGGGGAGAGCGGUGAGAAUCGCAGGAGUUCACGCUUAUCCUUCCGCGGCUUUGGGCACUUCCUGCGGAAAUCAGAUGCUGAACGCAAAUUCAGUCUCGCUCAGCUAACAAAGGAGUCCCUACCGCGCCUGGACAACUACCGCAUUUCCAUGCGCAAUCUGAAGCGUCCUUCCAUCGGAGAACUGCAGGGAGAGGCCGCUGAUCAGAGCAUUACCAUACCCGAACCCGAACAAGAGCCAACUGGUGGACACAUCAAGCUGGGAUGGAUAGUCGGCGUCCUGAUACCCUGUCUCCUCAACAUCUGGGGCGUAAUGCUCUUCCUGCGUCUCAGCUGGGUGGUGGCCGAGUCCGGCAUCUUGCAGACGCUUAUUAUAAUUACGGUCUCGGCGGUGGUCUGCGUCAUCACGACGCUUUCGCUGUCAGCCAUUAGCACCAACGGCGAGGUCAAGGGUGGUGGCGUCUACUUCAUCAUAUCCCGUUCGCUGGGUCCCGAGUUCGGGGCGUCCGUGGGCGUGGUGUUUGCCUUCGCCAAUGCCGUCUCUGCCUCAAUGAACACCAUUGGUUUCUGUGAAUCGCUAAAUGGCUUAUUAAAGAGUAAUGGGCUGAAAAUUAUCGACAAUGGAAUCAAUGACAUCCGGAUUGUGGGAUCGGUUACCAUUUUGAUACUCAUCCUGAUUUGCUGCGUGGGCAUGGAGUGGGAAACUAAAGCCCAAAACUUCCUCAUAGUUACCAUUGUACUGGCCAUUUUCAACUUUGUUAUUGGAGCAGCCAUUGGACCAAAUGGAAAUGAAGAGCUAAUCUCAAAGGGAUUUGUGGGCUUGUCAUGGUCCACUUUUAAGGAUAACUUCGGUGCGGAUUAUAGAUACGCUGAAGGCGUGAAUCAUGACUUCUUCAGUGUGUUUGCCAUCUUCUUUCCCAGCGUCACAGGCAUCCAGGCAGGCGCCAAUAUCUGUGGCGAUUUAAAGGACGCCGGAGCCGCUAUACCCAAGGGCACCUUCUGGUCCCUACUGAUUUCAAUGUCCUCGUAUGCUUUGUUUGUGCUCUUCGCCGGUGGUGCCGCUGCGCGAGAUGCCUCUGGUAAUCCUGCCGACCUGGUCAAUGGCAGCAUCAUUCCCUCAGAGCUGCCGUGCAUGGCCGAUGGUAACUGCACAUGGGGUCUCUUCAACUCGUACGAAAUGAUGCAGGAGAUGUCUCUCUGGGGUCCGCUCAUCUACGCCGGAUGUUUUGCCGCCACACUGAGCACGGCACUGACCAAUCUACUGUCUGUGCCCCGACUGGUGCAGGCUUUGGGCAUUGAUCAGAUCUAUCCUGGCCUGAUCUUCUUCUCGAAGCCAUACGGAAAGCACGGAGAACCGUACCGCGGCUACGUGCUCACCUUCUUCAUCUCCACCGGCUUCCUGCUGAUCGGAGAACUGAACCUGAUUGCUCCUCUGAUUUCCACCUUCUACCUGGCUUCUUACGCCCUGAUCAACUUCUGCACAUUCCACGCGGCGUUUGUGAAGCCGUUGGGCUGGCGUCCCACAUUCAAGUACUACAACGCCUGGAUCAGCCUCUUCGGAUUCGCCAUGUGUGUGGCCAUUAUGUUCCUGAUCAACUAUGUGGCCGCCAUCAUUACGUUUGGCAUUAUCUUUGCACUGUAUCUGGUGGUUAUGUACCGAAAACCGGAGGCCAACUGGGGCUCCACCACCCAAGCCCAGCAGUACAAAGCUGCCCUAAUGGCCGUCCACCGGCUUCAGAAUGUAUCCGACCACGUCAAGAACUACCAUCCGCAGGUUCUGGUGCUCUCUGGGGACCCCAAGACCAGGCCUCCUCUAGUCGACUUUGGCUAUUUGCUGACGAAGAACAACUCUCUGAUGUUUGUGGCCAAUAUUAUACCGGUCCGUGUGGGUUACAAAUGUCGUCAGCACUUGGUGAAAGAAGGUCAGAAGUACUUGGACGCCCGCAAGAUCAAGGCAUUCUACAAUGUAAUCGAUGGAUUCAGUUUAGAGGACGGAAUAAACGCUCUAACCAAGUCGACUGGCUUUGGAAAGAUGUCCCCUAAUAUUGUACUUGUGGGGUAUAAGCCGGAUUGGAAUCGCUGCCGUAAGGAGGAGGUGGAGAGCUAUUUUGCCAUAUUAUACAAUGCCUUCUCGCAGCGCAUGGGUGUGGCCCUGCUCCGUCUGCCCAAUGGACUGGACUUUUCGGAACUGAACUCUGAGGUUACCAUGCCGGCCGUUGGAAUGGGUCACAUGCACACGGCAAAUGCUCAAGGAUUCACCAACGAACUGAUGCCUGCCGCCAAUGCUGCCUCAGAGCUGCUCCAUAUCGACUCCAAUCUGAACUUGGCUAGCAUGGAUAGCCCUAAUUCCUCGUUCACAGUGCCCCAGCCUGCUCCGAUGCCCAAUAUGCAGCGCAGUUCCCGCAGCUACAAGGUUAGUGGAUCCGACGAACCGUCAGUGACAUAUCACACCAAGGGCGGCUCCGACAUUCCCCAAAAUCUGCUCGAUGCCAUGACCAUUUUCACGCGCAAACAACCCAAGGGCACCAUUGAUGUCUUCUGGCUUUACGACGAUGGAGGUCUCACCAUUCUCCUGCCCUACAUCAUAUCCAUGCGCUCCCAUUGGCAAAAUUGUAAAUUGAGGGUCUUUGCCAUGUGUCAUGGCAAGGACGAGGAACAAGAGGAAAAGAGCAUGGCGAGUCUGCUGACAAAGUUCCGCAUCAAGUACUCUGAGCUGAUCAUGCUGAAGGGCGUGUCGGAGCAGCCGCGUCCAGAAACCCUGCUGAAGCACAAACGUCUAAUUGAGCCCUUCCGGCGCGGAGUCCGCAACGAGUUUGGCAUCACGGACGAGGAGCUGCUUAGCAUGGCGGAGAAGACGAAUCGACAGUUACGCAUCCAUGAACUAGUGGUUAGCCAUUCGUCCAACGCAUCCCUGGUGGUCAUGUCCCUGCCCAUGCCCCGCAAGGAGGCCAUUUCGGCGCCGCUGUACAUGUCCUGGCUGGAGAUGCUCACUUCGGACAUGAAGUGCCCGGUGGCACUAGCCCGUGGAAACCAAACACCUGUGCUGACACUCUACUCCUAGACUAUUCGUCGCUUCCAGUUCGAGUACAAUUUAGUAUUAUUAGCGUUUAGGUGUUCCGCAAAGUUCUCUGUACAAUAGAGCUCAUCCCAGUUUUGAUGUGGAGGCUUUUAGCCUCGAUUCAACUGACUUCCAGAGUCCAAACUCUAGUUCCAAAAGCGUCCUACUACCUACGUACUCUUUUAUAUAAACGAAGAACUCCUAAACCCUUGAUUAUAGUUCUUUCUAGAGAAACUAGAAAAGUUUUGUGAAAUUUUUUAAAUCUAAUACAAAAGUUUCACAUGCAUUAGCUUUAACUAUUCUGAAUAAAUAUAAACGAAUUAAAUACUAA